UGAAUGAGCCCGAAAGGGGCGAGAGUGCCUUUGGGAGCCAGGGCCGGGGUUCCCAUGCAAAGAGGGGCAGCGCCGGAGCAAAGCGCCGGGGGGAGGGAAGGAGGGCCAUGCGGAGGCGAGGGCUCCCCAAAGGGGACUUGGCUCUCCCUCCAGCCCCGCGCCUGCAGUGGCGGCCAAGCGCUGAGCCCGGGGAGGGCUCCCUUCCUGGCAAGGUAAAGGAAGGCUCCCCCCUCCAGUGAUUUGCCGGCCUCUUGAUGCAUGGGGUGCUAUGGUUGCCUUGAACCACUUACUUGGGCACAAUGAUAAAAUAGAUCAAAGUGGACAAAGUAAGAGGCGCUGUUGGUGUCACAUCCACUGGACCUGCUAUAGAUGGAAAGGCAAAGAUGAAUUAUGUGACUAGAAGAAGUUCAAAUCAACUUUGUUUGAAAUUGCAUCUGUGACCUCUUCUAAAGAGUAGGCAAAGUGUGGCUCACCUGCACCCAACCUACAGGGCUUAAUUUUGCAUCCCGGGCACCUUCUUCUGGAGUGGCAGUUUCGUCAUAAAACAAGGAAAAAUUACCGUAGAAGAUUAAUCAGAUGUCUUCUCUACUUCCCUUGCAUCACAUGGUGUGUCAUGCAAGAUUAUUGACCUCAUCAUUUUUAAAUGCAUGAAUAGUUAGAAAAGCACAAUGGAAGGCACUCAUACUAUCCUCCAGUUGCACAGACCUGUUAUAGAGAUUUGCUACGUCAGUUUCUGUCUUCCAAGGGGAAAAGUCAGAGGAUUCACAUACAAGCGCUGUGUGACUCUGGACAAAUCGAAAAAAUGUUUCCUUAAUUGCUAUCAAGUGAGGGAGAGCUCAGAUGCUCUGGAAUCAAGAAGGCAGACCUGUGGAGACCUUGGAGACAUCUUUUUCAAGCAAACAACUACUAAGGAUAUUCUCACUGAGCUUUAUAAACUAAAUGCUGAGAAGGAGAAGCUCUUGACCAAUCUACUUAAUUCAAGCCAAAUUCUAGAUGUUAAAAUGGGAAACCAAGAUGGAAAGCUGCAAGACAUUUCUGAAAAUAAAAAUGAUGAGAACUUGGCUUUCUGGGAUCAACAAGAAUCUUUUUCAGAAUCCAUUGAAAGGAAGUCCACGAAAACAAAAAAACAAAGGAAAUCUAGUAAACGGAGAGAGAGCAUUGAGGAUUUUAUAAACAAGAGAAUUAAAAGAAAGAUCUCAGGAGUUUUGGAGUCUUCUGCUUCAAGCCGCAGAGAAGUAUUGUCAGGGAACAACAAAUUGCUUUCUGCUACAUGUCCUGAAGAUGUCUCUUCCAGUUCUUUUAUGCACUCAUAUCAGGAGAACCUGGAGGACAAAGAUAAUUUAUCAUCUGAUGUGAAUAAACGACCAGAACAAUUAAGAAGACAGUGGCCUUUGCUUGAGAGAAAUCAAGCUUUUGGAUCUGAUACAGAUAUCUCCAUUUCCAUCUCUGAGUAUGAUAAUGAUGUGUCCGGACACUGUUUUGCACACUCCAGCCAUAGUUUAUUAGACGAAGUGGAUAAUUCACUUAAAGAGAUUCAGUGGCAGCAGAGCGGCCCUUUGGGGAACUCAUUCCAAGAAACUCAUGCCAAUAAAUCGGAGGCCUUUGAUAAGACUGGAAUACCUGAAAUGCUGUAUGGCUAUAAUCAUACUGCAGAGAACCACAAAAGCAAGCUUGAAGAUGGAGUGGUAACAAAAGGACAAAACUCAGAAUAUGAAAUAGAGCAAGUUUUAAGUGCUUCUGUAGAAUAUGGCCAAGCAUCUUCUGCUGACAGAAGGAAAAGCAAAGAAUCAACUGGUUCUGUUUUUUCCACUGUGGUGCAGGAAAAGCCCCAUGAAGACUACAUUCAGCAAUAUAAUGAAAACGAAGAUGUUAUUGAUGAAUCAAGUAGUCUCAUAGGAGCAGUCAAUAAAACCAUAUUGAAGGUUAUACAGAGUGACAAGUUAGAUGAAACGGCAGAAUGGAAGAGAUUACAUCAUAUUACAAAGUCAACAGGAAUAGGAAUAUCUGAAACAAGACCUAUAGUGCCCCCAGAGAACAGUAAAUAUGCAUCUUUACACCUGCCUAUACAUUUGGAUCCUGAUAUUUGUCAGACAAGGACGAGUGUGAAACAGGAAGAUAAAAAGCCACUGUCUCCCUCUUUAGUAGCGGUUAGUAAUGUUUUUAAUAAUUCAUACCCAUCCUCUAAUACACACAAACAGAUGUCGCCUCUGCCUUCUCCUUUGUCAUCACGUCUGCCUAGCCCACAGCUACACCACAGAAUUCUUCUCUUGCCUGCUCUUGAAGCUGAAGAGGAAUCUGUAUGUAGUGAUGAUCACAAUUCAAGAUGUUUUGGUGCAAAUCUCUUGUCAGCUAACGAUCUAGAAGCACAACUGCAUCUCGGGUUUUCUGAAUGUGGACAUUCCGGACUUUCUAUGAGACAACCAGGCCUCGAUCAAAGUGCCAGUGGAGACUUCCAUAGUCAACAACAACAACAUCACUUGCAUCCAGGUAUUCCAGCAGAAGCUCCUUUGAGGAAUGGCUUCUCUGAACAAGUAGCUAAUGUACAUGGUGUUGCCUGGGUUUUAGGUUGCAGGUUGGGACAUUCUGAUCCACCUAUCUAUUUCAGUGAGCUUGAAAAAGCCGACAGAGAUUUCCUGCAUCUAGAUCUAGAGGCUGAUGCAGCUGCCUCAGAACAGGAUGACAAAACUCCAGGAAGACUUCAUGCUGUCUGGCCACCACCGAAACCAAGGGAUGAAGAAGAGAAAGUAGGAUUAAAAUAUACUGAAGCAGAGUACCAUUCAGUUAUUUUGCAAUUAAAGAGGGAACAUAAAGAUGAAGUUGAAAAAUUAAAGUCUGAAUUUGAACUCAAAGUCUUUCAUGUUCGAGGAGAGUAUGCUUCAUCAGUAGCAAAACUUGAAGAUGACAUUACAAAUUUGAAAAAAGAACUGGACAAUAAAUUAUGCAAAAGAAGUGAGGAAGCAAAGGAUGUUUGCGUAUCCACCGAGGAUGAUCACCCACCAAAGUCAUACAGAAAUGUAUGCAUCCAGACGGACAGAGAAACCUUUAUAAAACCAACUGAAGAUGAAAACAAAACAGUUAGGAAUAACCAAAUAAUACCUAAGAAACUUUCUGUACCUUUUCUGAAUAACAGUGUUUCUGGCUCAACUGACCAUAAAGAAGCAGAGGGUCAUGGCCAAGUCUCAGGGAAUGUCGCAUCUCCAUUGGAUCAAAUUGUGCCGCCACCACCACCACCACCACCUCCUCCUCCUCCCCUACCACCUGCGCUAUCUAGUUCUAUCCCUCCACCACCAGCUUUACCUGGUAGUUUUGGAUCUGUUCCUCCACCACCACCCCCUCCUCUUCCUUUGGGAACUCAGCCGCCGCCACCUCCACCACCAGGGCCUCCGCCAUCAGGAGCUGGACCUCCUCCACCACCACCACCAUUUCUUGGAUCUAGUGUCUUUUUACCAUCAAGUCAAGGUCCACGGAAACCUACAAUUGAACCCUCCUGUCCCAUGAAACCACUUUAUUGGAACAGAAUACAAAUAAAGGAUUGCAGUAAAAAAUCAGCACCAACUUUAUGGGAAUCAUUAGAAGAACCCAACAUAUGCGAUACCUGUGAAUUUGAAUAUUUGUUCUCCAAAGAAACAGCUCAGGAAAAGAAAAAGCCGUUAGCAGAGUCUUAUGAAAAGAAAACAAAAGCCAAAAAGCUUAUCAAAUUGUUGGAUGGAAAAAGAUCACAAGCUGUUGGGAUUUUGAUAUCCAGUUUACAUUUGGAGAUGAAGGACAUACAACAAGCUAUACUAAAUGUGGAUGAUUCAAUAGUUGACCUAGAAACACUGGAAGCACUGUAUGAGAAUAGAGCACAGAAGGAUGAACUGGAGAAAAUAAAAAAACAUUAUGCGACUUCCAAAGAAGAAGAAGUAAAACUUCUAGACAAACCAGAACAGUUUUUAUAUGAGUUAUCUCAGAUCUCCAAUUUUGCAGAACGUGCCCGAUGUAUAAUCUUUCAGUCAGUCUUCAAUGAAGGGAUGACUGCAGUGCACCGUAAAGUUGAUAUUGUUAAUCGAGUUUGUAAGGAGUUGCUGACCAUGAAGAGUGUGAAAGACAUUCUAGGUUUGAUUCUAGCAUUUGGAAAUUACAUGAAUGGUGGAAACAGGACACGUGGUCAAGCAGAUGGAUUUGGUUUGGAAAUACUUCCCAAACUGAAAGAUGUUAAAAGUAGAGAUAGUCGUGUUAAUCUUGUGGAUUAUGUUGUGAUGUAUUAUCUUCGCCAUUUUGACAAAGAAGCAGGAACAGACAAGAGUGUGUUUCCACUACCAGAACCUCAGGACUUCUUCCAGGCUUCCCAAGUUAAAUUUGAAGACCUAAUAAAAGACUUAAAGAAAAUGAAGAAAGAUUUAGAAGUUUGUGAAAAACAGAUGAAAGUGGUUUUCAGAGACUCACCUGAAGAACAUCUCCAGCCAUUUAAGGACAAAUUAGAAACUUUUUUUCUGAAAGCUGUAGACGAACAUAAGUCUGAAGAAAGCCAUUUGGAAAAUGUACAAAUGAGCUUUGAAGAAAUUGUGGACUAUUUUGGGAUAAAGCCAAAGUCUGGUGAGAAGGAAAUCACGCCAAACUACGUUUUCAUGGUGUGGUAUGAGUUCUGCAGUGAUUUUAAGACCAUUUGGAAACGAGAAAGCAAAAACAUUUCCAAAGAAAGACUCAAAGUGGCUCAAGAAUCAGUGAGCAAAUUAACUGCAGAAAAGAAAGUGGAAACAAAGAAAAUCAACCCUACUGCCAGCCUGAAAGAAAGACUACGUCAGAAAGAAGCCAGUGUGACCACCAACUGAAAGAAGACACAUGAAAAUAAUGACAGUGUGACUUAAUACCUUGCAUGAUGCUUCACUGUCCAUUCCCAAGAGGGCACCUUAUUUUAGAUGUUAUGAAGUUCUGCUUUGCUGUUCUCUUCUUCAGACAAUCCACGAAAGACUUCUCGAUUCCUUGGCUUGUACAGAAGAGGGAAUACUAAGAAACUUGUUUACAUGGGUAUUAUGAAGGAUUUUGUAAUAGCCCUUCCUUAUGUGGCUUAAAUGCAGCUCUUUUCCUAAAUGUUCUUUGAAGUACUCUAUGCAAAAUGCACUGAUGUAGAAGAGAGGAAAACCUUGUCAGCACCGAGAGAAAUCUAUAUUGUCUUAUAUUGGCCUGUUGAACCCAGUGCUGGUAGGUUUUAUUGAGUCAAUAGCUGCUUAAAAUGAAUUUGAUGGCAUCCAAAGGAUUAACUUUCCCAUCUCAAAAAUGGUGGAAAUUGUGUAUCAGGUGGAUCCUGUAUUUUACUACAAUUAUUUUUAUAGAAACCUUAGUCUAUGCCAUAAAAGUAGAAAUACUGUUUUUGCACAUGUGAAGAGAGAAGUCAUAUCAAAAUAUUUUAUCCUGUUUAAAUAAUGUAUAGAUACUGAAGCAUCCAUUAAUCUUUUGGGUUUUUUCCUACUGUCAUCUUUAUUUUAUUUGCAAAGAAAAGGAAUAUUUUCCAUACCAAGAUGAGGUCAAGUUAGCAAUGUUCAAGAAUGCUUUAUUUAUAGCCAUCUAGCUGCAGAUGUUUGAAUCCAUUAUUUAUCACUAAUUAUGCCAAAGCCUAUAUUCCUUGAUAGUCAGCACUUUCAUAUAACUGAUCUAGAAAAUGUUUACAUCAUCUUGUUUUUGUGACUGUAGCUGUGUGUGAGAGAGUGAGAGGAAACACACAGACACUCAAACAUUGGUACACAUGUUGCUCAUAUAGUUAGGUCUUGGGCCAAUAAUGUGUUCACAGCACCAAUGCUAUAGAACUUUCUUGUCUUUACCUUUCUCAUGCAGCCUCUGGCAUUGCACACACAGAAAAAAAUUGUUGACAGUUUCCAAGCCCAUUGGUGCAGUGGAAUAAAGGACCAAGAAUGGGAAAGAGAGAUCAUACCUCUUCUGGUCUGAUUUGACUGAAGCAAUUCUCCCAGCUUUAUUGGACCUUGGCCCUCAAACCUGAAUAGAAAGAAUGCAGUAAUUUUCUUUCAUUGUGUUACUAUCGCAACUUAUGGCAAAUUUCAGAUGUGUCAGGGUGUCUCCCAAUAAGCCACUGCUGGAAAAAAUGAAGGAGUCACACAAGCAUGCCCUUAAAAUUGCAAGCCAGUGCUUGCAAUGCAAUUCAGAUAAGGCAAAAUACAAUACUGAAUUCUGAAAUGUAAUUACAUUUAAGCCAAGAAGUGGUUGAGCUAGAAGGAAAUUACCACAUUUCUGUGUCCUAGAGAAAGCACCAAGAUUAUCUUCUCCUACUUCCCUGGAGGGAAAGUGAUAUCCAAUAGCAUUUUCAAUUUUCUGCUUUCAAUUUUCUGCAUAUUUUGCUGCACGAUAUGACAUGUGGCUGUGUACUCAUGAAUGGCCUUAUGCAGAUGCCUGGUCUUCUCAUUCAGAUUUAUUGUAUACAUUCAAAACUCAAAGAAGUGUCACAGAAUAGAAAGAUUUUUUUCUUUUUUUAGAAAGUGCCCAGUCUCCAGAGAUAAUGUGAAACUACACAACAUUGAUUCUGAAGUUAGAAUAUAUUGAACAAUAAAAGGAACAUAGAAAAAAAUAUGUCACUUGCAGGAUAAAUAUAUAAUAGUCAGGUGUUAUAAAACAAAAAUAAAAAAAGAUUCAUAUAAUCCAUGUGUUGUUUUAGGAAGACUUUCAGUAUUUUCCUUAACAAAAUUGUGUAGUUGUAAGAGAAAACAAUAUGAAACAUUUAACUUCCUAUUUAUCUUAUCCCAUGAAAAUUAAAGGAAGAAGUUCUAAGAUACCACAUUUUAUAUCAGCAAUUAAUAGGUUGUCAUUGUUGAUCUUCAGUUAAGGUGUUCUGAAUAUGGAGCAAUUGUAGACAUUACAGUGCAGAUAUCCUUAAGAUAUGCAAAAACAUAUUUUUACAAAAAAAUAAUAAUAAUCACAGUACUAUUUUUAGAUCGCCUGAGAAUAGUCUGGAUUGAUCCAUCUAUUACGCUAUGAGUCCAUAUAAACCCAUGUACCUAGUUGAUCUCAUAUAUAAAUCAAGGGCAAGUUUGGGGUCAUUUUACAAACAAAUCUUUUCCUGUAUUGUCGAAGGCUUUCAUGGCCGGAAUCACUGGGUUGUUGUAGGUUUUUCCGGGCUAUAUGGCCAUGUUCUGGAGGCAAUUUUUCUCCUGACGUUUCGCCUGCAUCUAUGGCAAGCAUCCUCAGAGGUAGUGAGGUCUGUUAGAAGUAGAAAAAUGGGAUUAUAUAUCUGUGGAAUGACCAGGGUGAGACAAAGGACUUUUUUCUGCUGGGGCUAGCUAUGAAUUUGUCUCACCCUGGUCAUUCCACCCAGUCCUUUGUGGUAAUGUCAAGAGGUAGAGAAGCUAGCACCCUAUUACUCCCUCUUGCCCAAACUGGAGAAAUGCAACCUUCCCUCCUUCCUCACCAUUUUUCCACCUGAGCAGUAUAUAGCAGCAACAUGGGGAAGCCUGAAUAAUGUGGUGAACCUGCCCUUUUGGGUGCUUGAGACGGCAUGGAAUGGCAGUCGCCUUGUUAGUGUCUUAGCCUGCAGUCUCUGUUCCAGCAUUAAUCUAUGGAUUAGUCAACUCAGGUUUUUUUGGGUUGAUUUUUUUGGUCAGUUUUUAUUUAACUUCUAUAUGAGUAUACUAAAUCAUCAGGUGACUUGAUCUAAACUCAUUAACACUGAUACUUUGAUCAUAUAGUUGCAUUCUGUUAGUAAAAAGGCAUUACUGACAUCGACUGGAUUCAUGAGAUAUUAAUGGGUGAAAUAUAGCAGUUGGGCCUGAUCCAAAGUAUGGCCCUCAUUAAGGAAGACCUAAAAUAAUAUGUACAACUUAUAUGAGAGGUGACUAGCGGGCCCCAUUCAUUUCAGUAGGUCUCUUAUAGUUGGAACUAGAAUUGGAUUUACCAUGGACUGCAUAAAGAGAUUGAGUUGCAUUUGGAGGCUAUAUUAUGUAAAGAUUAGAUGGCAGUGAGGGAAAAUAAAUCAGCUUCAGUAUCUGAUUCAUGAUACAGCAGUUCUAGCAGUACAGAGAGCAUUGAACACUUUUUAAUUCAUAGUUAUUAUUUGCUAUCAGGUCAGCUUUGAUUUAUGAAAAACCCAUGAUCACUAGUUUUCAUUACAUUUAAUCCACUGAGGACAAUGGAAUUUAAAAUUUAAAAGGGGCAUCUGGGAUUAUUUAUACUCCUUCAUGUAAAUGUGUAGAUAAUAUGUGUAGAAAUGUACUGAGAAAAUGGCUGAAACCAGAAGUCUGAGUGAAUGACCAUGACUGUCUACAAAGUGCCUAUGACUGUUUGGUAAGUCAGUCUAUAUUGUCAGCUUCAAGUGGUGUGGCAUUUCUUGUACCUUAUUCAAACACACAGGAAAUUAAUUCCCCUCAACUUCAGGUAGGAAAUACAUACAGAAAGCUAUCAUACUGUGAUACAUUUACCAUGUAUGUGAUGCAGUAAUGUUUUGCCAAUGUCAUGUCAGAUCAGUCAGUAAUGAGUUACACAUUUAUGGGUAGCAGAACUCAUUGAGGCUGGUCUUCCAGUUGUGUGGUAUAUGCUGAAUUUCUGCAAGCUGAUGGCCUCUAGGUAUGGUCAAGUGUGAUAAGAGUUGUAGUCCAACACAUCUAGUGGGUGCAAGAUGGAGAAGGCUGUUAUGACUAUAACUGACAGGAGAAGCUGUGUUUUUCUUACUCCUUUACAUAGUGUCAUAAACACACAUUAAUUUGUUACUGCUGCUGCUAUUGCUAUAAUGUAUGCUCAGAAAAGACACUAAGACAGUAAAACAAAGGAUUCAGCUCAAGGUAUUUUCUGCCAUGGUUUUCUAUAAAGCAGUUGGCCAUGCUCAUUCCAAAAUUAUUAUUUUUGAAGGUAGUGCUAUAGGAAUACAAACACCAAAGUAUGUGUGUUAAUAUUUUGGAACUCAGAAUGGAAACCUUAUUUUGCUGGAUGGUCCUUUAAUACUUUAGUAUGCAACUGUUUAUUUGUAUACAUUGAGAGAGUUUAACCAUUUAAAUUUUAAGACACUUGAAUCCAGAGAACCUGCUACUCCCAUAUCUCCUGGAAAUUAUUUCAAGCCUCACAAAAAGAGUGCCACAUGCAUGGGGAUCAAUGACACGUACAUGAUCCACCCCAAUGUGAGCAAUUGUGGUUUGCACAUAAAACUGAAUAUUGGAACCUCAGCUAUUGCAUUUUAUUCUACCAAUGCACACAUAGAAUGUGGCAAUUACUUUAUCAUGAUUGACCUGUAUUUUUAUGAUGUAUUUUGGAGAGUUAUGAUAUCAGAUUAUAUUUAUAGAAUUUGGAAAUGAGACAGUUUGUUGGAGGUAUAAAGUUGUUUGGGAAUAUAGACAUUUAAAUCUAUUGGGAACAGUGGGAGAUGAAAGUAAACCAAAAAUAUUUUAAAAUGUAAUUUUGAUUCAUCCCUUGUAAACAAUGCCUAGUAAAAUAUGUGCAAAAUGUUUUUAAAAAAUGUUUGUCAUUUAUUUUUGUAAUAUAUAUGGUAGUGAAA